ACUAGCCGCGCGGCCGAUCCAGACCGAGCCACUGUCCGACAGAUUCAUCUGUUUCGAACUGAAACAGUAGAGAGCUCCUCGCCGCCGGCAGAGGAGUAGGAAAUCCGUAAUCCGAUGAGAAGUUGGCGAGGGCUGGAGUAGGGAUAAGCAACGUUUUAGAUAUGGAAGUACAGGGUGGAGUCCUGGAGAAGAAACACGUUUGGAAAAUAGUUUAAUUUUUGUUUUAUUAUUUUUCUUUUUGUUUUACUGUUUUACCCCUGUUGUUACUGUAACAACACUAACGGUGUUGUUAUAGUAUCCGCUAGGGGUGGCUAUUUGGACCAGGACCGGAUUAAAAACUGGAAACCGGACCGUAUAACCCGGACCGAGACCGGAUAGUAAACAAUCCAAUCCAAUCUUUGGGCUUAGAUUUGAGGUAAAAAACCGGAUAAAGACCGGAUAAGAGAGCUCAACACCCAAAACUUAAGGGUAAUUUGCAUAAACGGUCACAAACCUUUGCACUUAGUACAAAACUUAACCAACUCCUCACCCUUUAAGGCCUUAGGCCACUCAAAUCCCACAAUAUCAAUGUAAAAUCAAGACCGAAUUGGGACAUGACCGGAUCAAAACCGGACCAGAUCAAGACCGGACUGUAUCCAAUCCAAUUUUCGGUCCUUAUAUUUUCAAAAAGACCGGACUGGACCGGAUCAAUUUAGGCCAAUUUAACCGGUCCGGACCGUAUAGCCACCCCUAGUAUCCGCCCCCCUUUCCGAGUGGAGAGCAAAGAUGAGCGAAGCAAGAUCGUGGGCUGAUCUUCCUGACGGGGUAUUGAAUUUGAUUCGCCGGAAAUUGUUAUGGGAAGAUUACUCUAAUUUCAGAGCUACCUGUCGCAAUUGGAACUUCAGAGCUUUCUUCGACCACGCCAUUUAUGAGAAUGUUAAAUCUCCAUUUUUGUUGGGCCUCCCUAGGAGUGGCCACGACUCAUCCUCUUGUUGCUGCCAAGCCUAUUCUCCGGCUUACGACAAGUCGUUCUACGUUCGUGCUUCAUCGGAACUCGUUGGCGCCAAAAUUCACUGUUCCAACUAUGGUUGGUUGCUCUUGUCGACGUCCAGGCGCAUAUUCUUCUAUCAUCCGUCUACGGGGAACACUAUUCACCUCCCAGAUAUUACAUCAGUGGUUAAUGAUUCCUUCAAUCGAAUGAGUUUUUCGGCUUCGCCUACGUCUCCAGAUUGCAUAGUUUUUGGCCUGGCAGAUUCGUACUACAACAAAAGAGUGUACAUUUCUUUGAUUCGUCGAGGACAGCAUUCUUGGAAACACUAUAUUAAUGGCGUCCCAAACAUGAUGAGAUGGACGAACCCUAGUCCUCUGAAAUUAAAUACUAGCAAUAUCAAGAUGGUUAGGGUUAAAUCCAAUACAUACCAAGUGAACUUGAGAAGAUUUCCCAGUAUCGGAAAUUUCUUGUGGUCUAAUUCUAGUUCUUCCCCUGUUUUCCACAAGGGAGUCUUCUAUUGUUUGGGCCAAGAUGGGAGGCUAGGAGUUUUCAAUCCCAAUGCGAAGAAGGAAAGCAUGAAGUGGAGGCUACUUGAUGCAACCAAACCAGCUGCUUUCAUGGAUAACCCACGCAAUAUGGCUUAUUUACUGGAGUGCAAUGGAGAAUUGAUCUCGAUAGUGGUAGGACCAAUCGGAGAAUUCGUAAGAAUCUACAAAUUCUUCAAGCUCACGGAUUCAUGGCGAGUCGUGGACGAUCUCAAGGAUCGAACGGUCUUUUGCAGUCCCACGGGAUGUGUGGUCCUAAUGAUUUCACUCCUUCGAACCAGGAUAUCCGUCCAUCGACCAAGUUUCCAGUUUUUCUCUCGCCAGCAGCUACAUUGGUCAUCAAAACCCAAGAAGCAGCUAACAAGCAAAAAAGAUGCAGAUGUGGGGCUUCAUCACAUUCAUCCACAUUAUGUCAUAAGGAGCUUAACUUUCACAUCGUCGGGUGACCCAUCGGCGGCGUGCACAGAAUUAGAAGAUUAUGAGAAGGGGAGGAAGCAAGAAUCACCAACAACACAAGCCUUCCUCGUCCUGUGCAACCACGAGGGUGAACGAAUGUUGGUUAGCUUGGCCAAGGGGCCAGCAGUGAGCCAUUCAAGAAUCACAGAAUUGGAAGCAAGAAUGAGGGGAAAGAAAGUAUAUAGCAGUGCUCAUGGGCUUCUCGUUUUGAUGGACGACGAGGCUCGUUCGUGUUCUUUAUUGGAUCCGGUAUCCAUGGUUGAAACGACGUUGCCAACUUGGGAAAGGCGUUUCGAGUGCUUACAUGUUGUGCUUCAUUUACCCCAUGGCGAAUCCAAAUUUGUGGUAUUGGUUUUUGGUGUAGCUGAGGGUGUCGCUGAAUCGAACUUAGAGGCGGAGAAGGAUGAUGGUCUUGCAAUGCUUUGGCGAGAUGGUGAUAGUGAAUGGACAAUUCAUACAGGACCAAGUGAGCAAGGAGCUGCUGAGUUCAACGCAGUAGCUGUUCUCAACCUAGGUAAGAUUUUUGGAUAUCCAGUUAUGAAACAAGAAUUCGUUUCGGUCGAACUACAACCAGAAACGUACAUAACAAGAGUUCUACCGGAAGUUGAUUUUCCAGACAUUCCGAAAGGAUCAGGUGACAUGGUGAUGUCGUUGGUGGAAUGUAGGGGUGAAAUCUUACUUUUUGCCAUGUAUGACGCUCUUGGUCACGAGACCCCAAGGCUACGUGUUGUUAUUGAUAUGAAAGUGUACAAGAUGGAUAUGGAGAUGAUGCGAUGGAUAAGGAUCGACGAUUUGGGUGAUCGAGCAUUUCUCUGGAGCAAUACUUGGGGUUGUUAUCCAUGUUCUGCUAGCAAAUCAGGCUUGGAGAGAAAUUCCAUUUACUUCUUGCAACUGGACGAGAAAUACCUUUAUCGGUUUGACUAUGGAGAUGGUAGCAUUUCAGUAUCCAAGCCUUAUCCUGAUCUCGACGACAGUUGGUCACCAAAAGGAUUCAUUAUGUGGGAUAACCAGAUAGUAUAGAGAUGUAAUAGCAAAAUCUUAUGCGAUACAAUAGACAAAAUCUUGUACU